CAACAUUUGCUAUCAUGGCAAUGCUGAAGCGAAAACGUAGUUUUUGCGCUCAGGUGUGCGACUCUUACAGCGGCACAUCCUCAUUCAGCACCGAUGCGGCUAAAAUCCAUCAGCCCGUUAGUGUUGUUGAGGAACAAGAGAUGCCAGUGAGAAAGAGGAGGAGGACGGAGAGUUUUGAGUCUCUUCAUUUCUGUGACUGGAGCGGCAGCUCAGAUCAAGAUACCGCUGCGAAUGAGAGAAGUACUGAUGACCAGAUUUCUCUACAGUACAGCGCCUGUGCUCUAGAGGAUCAUGGUCUUCAGGAACCUCUUUCCAGCGGUCUUGAUGUCCUUCCUCCUGCAGAUCAACAGGUUCAAACCCCUCCAGCUCCAGUCCACCUCAGUCCAGAACUAGAUCACAACAGGGUGGACGUAACAACUAAGAAUUGGUUUGAGCCUGUUAGUGAGGGAAGUGAUAGUGAGCAGAGCCAGAGGAGGAAGAGUAGUUUUGGAGAGCUGCUCACUCUUCACUGGAGCUGCAGUUCAGGUCAGGGUCAGAAAGUGGAGGAUCAGACCACUGCAGCCGUUAGUGAGAGACACGCUGAGGAUGAACCCAAGCGGACAUCUUUUAACAAUGGCCGAAAGAGAAAACGAAGUUCUCACAGCGCUCAGGUGUACGACUCCCAUCAGAGUACAACAUCCAGCACCGAUGCGGCUGAAAACCACCAGCCCGUUAGUGUUGGUGAGGACACUGAGAUGCCAGUGAGAAAGAGGAGGAGGACGGAUAGUUUUGAGAAGAUCAAGAUCAAGAUUCUCUCAGAUCAAGAGAGAAGUGCUGAGGACCAGAAUUCUCUACGGUACAGCGCCUGUGCUCUAGAGGAUCAUGGUCUUCAGGAACCUCUUUCAAGUGGACUUGAAGUCCUUCCUCCUGCAGAUCAACAGGAUCAAACCCCUCCAGCUCCAGUCCUCCUCAGUCCAGUCAGUCCAGAACCAGUUCACAACAGGGGGGACGUGACAACUGAGGACGACAUUCUGAGCCGGUAUGAAAUCGGCAGAAUGCUUGGUAAAGGAGGAUUUGGAUCUGUCUAUGAAGGGAAACGAUUGGAGGAUGACCUUGAGGUGGCUGUGAAAAUCGCCAGAAAGUCACGGGACAUGAAAUACAUCUCCAUUCCUGGUCAUCCCGCACCCCUUCCAUUAGAGGUCGGCCUGUUGAUCCUUGCUAACAGGGGUCCCAAAGUUCCAGAAAUCAUUGAGCUGCUGGACUGGCAGGACCAACCUGACCAAUACAUCAUGAUCUUGGAGCGUCCCUCACCCUGCCAAGAUCUCUGGGAUUUUUUGGAGAGUCACGGCGGCACCCUCAAUGAGGACACAGCACGGUUUAUAAUGACGCAGGCAUCAAUGGCCGCUCACAUGUGCUGUUCCCGUGGAGUUUUCCACCGAGACAUUAAGUUGGAGAACUUGCUAAUAAACACCGAAACACUUGAGGUCAAACUGAUCGACUUCGGGUGCGGGGAUUUCCUGCAAGAAUCCGCCUAUGACGUCUUCUGUGGCACUCGAAAGUACCGUCCACCUGAGUACUUGACAGAGGGCAAGUACCACGGUAAACCAGCUACUGUGUGGUCUCUGGGAGUGCUCUUAUUCUUGCUGGUCUGUGGACGCUUUCCAAAACGCAGAGAUUUGCAGAGGAUUGAUGACGAUGUCUGGUUUGAGCCUGGCUUGUCAAACGAAUGCUGCCACCUGAUUCGAUCCCUCCUGCAGAAAAACCCAAGCUGGCGGAUUGAUUUGAAGAAAAUCAUUUUCCACGAAUGGUUUAUGACAUCAACAUAUCAUCUGGUGGCCUAGACAAGACAGUGGCAUCCCUCCCUCCAUGCCUUGGCUGGUGACUCUUGGCUUGUAAUAAUAUAAGCAUCUGGCGAUAUUACUUGCCUAGGAACAAUACAGAUAUUUCCAUCACAGCCGACUUUAGGCAGAGCUGCAUGUCUUGGUCAGAAUUCCUCUCUUGGCCGCUCCAGAAGUUCAUGUGAAAGCUGCUCCUGCCACGGCCCACUCCAAAGGAUCCAAAGAAUGUUUUUGUUCAUUAAAUAUUAUUGUUCAAUAAAUUAUUUUUAUAUACAUAA